AUAAGUGAUAAACAAGUGAGUAAACGUGGAAACAUGCGUAUUUAUUUAUAUUUAUUAACGUGUUACGUUUUGUUUGUAAACUCAAAUGAAGCGGCAAAGAUUUUAGGAGUGUUCCCCACUCCUUCCAUCAGUCACCAGGUGGUGUUCAGACCUCUCAUGUUAGAGCUCGCUAAGAGAGGACACGAUGUCACCGUCAUCACAACAGAUCCUAUCUUUCCAAAAGGUGGAACGCCAAGCAACUUCACAGAAAUAGACCUUCACGAAAAGUCAUAUAGAAUAUGGAGAGAAACAUUUUUAAAAUUAUCAAGCGGCAGCAAAGAUGACUUGGUUGCCCAAACAGAAAGUUUGAAAAUGAUACAAGAAAUAUUUGAGGUACAAAUAAAUGAUGAACAGGUCCAACGUUUGCUUCGUGAGAACAAGCACUUUGAUUUGUUGAUACUAGAAGCUUGUUCUAGACCCGCGCUCAUAUAUUCACAUAUUUACAAAGCCCCUGUAAUUUUGAUGAGUUCUUUUGGGGCAAUAUUUGACAACUUUGCAGUAAUUGGUGCUCCUUCACACCCUCUGCUUUACCCCGACGUUUUACGUCAGAAGUUGUACAAUCUCACCAUGUGGGAGAAAAUUACGGAGUUGCGUACGAAUUAUAAAAUUAGCAGUAUCUACGCACAAAAUGUGGUUCAAGAGGAUAAGUUAUUGAGAUCACUUUUUGGACCAGAUACACCAUCGUUGACGGAUCUCGCUAAUAAUGUUGACAUGCUGUUUUUGAAUGUGUAUCCAGUAUUUGAUGGCAUCCGACCUGUGCCGCCUACUGUUGUCUACACGGGUGGACUGCACCAAAAACCCGAAAAGGAAUUGCCUGAUGACCUCAAGACAUAUCUAGAUUCUUCCAAAAAUGGCGUGAUUUACAUCAGUUUCGGUACCAACGUGGAUCCUACUUUGUUACCUCCUGCGAGAGUCCAAGUUUUAGUGAAAGCAUUCUCUCAGUUACCUUACGAUGUGUUAUGGAAGUGGAACGGAGACGAGCUGCCUGGACGUACUGCGAACAUCAGAAUCUCAAAGUGGUUGCCGCAGUCAGAUUUAUUGAAACAUCCAAAAAUCAAGGUAUUUGUGACACAAGGAGGGCUUCAAUCAACUGACGAAGCGAUAACUGCUGGUGUCCCAUUGAUUGGAGUUCCAAUGUUGGGAGAUCAGUGGUAUAAUGUUGAAAAAUAUGUAUAUCACAAGAUCGGUGUGGGAUUAGACUUGGAACAUCUAACAGUUGAAAAAUUUAAAAACACUAUCAUCGAAGUAAUUUCAAACGACAGCUAUCGACGGAAUAUUAUCAAACUGCGUGGUCUGAUGCGUGACGAGGUGCAGACUCCGCUGGAGCGCGCCGUGUGGUGGACGGAGUACGUGCUGCGUCACGGCGGCGCAAAGCACCUGCGCUCGCCCGCCGCCAUCAUCUCGUGGGCGGAGUACCUAGAACUGGAACUGGUGCUCACAAUAAUGGCAGGACUACUCCUGAGUUUAGUUAUAUUUAUCGCAAUAGUUAUUUCAUUAUACAAGUACGUCUUAAGACACUACGUAGCUGCUGUCAAAAUUAAAAGUACUUGAUAUCGCGUACAUAAAAAACUGAGUCAUAUUUUGUUAAGUUUAGUGUACAUAAUACUUUAUAAGUAAUAUUUUUUACGUAAUAAAAUUAUAAACUGGUAUA